UAACCCGUGAACCCCGCCAGACGGCGCAUGGAGAGGUCUGAGGCCUGUAGAACCACCUGCAGCUCAUUCAUUUACGGCCAGUGAGGAGAUAGCGACUGCGCUGUGAAAGACUGCGGGUGGAUCAACUGAACCAACGAAGCCCAGAGGAGAAUCACAGCAACGCAGUCCCGCUGAAAACCCAGCGCCCCAUUUUACUGGAGAAUGGCAUCAAGAAGAAUGGAGACCAAACCAGUGAUAACCUGCCUCAAAACGCUCCUCGUCGUCUAUUCCUUCGUGUUUUGGAUCACGGGGGCGAUCCUCUUAGCUGUGGGACUAUGGGGGAAGUUUAUGCUGGGUGCGUACAUAUCUAUCAUCGCUGACAGCUCCACCAACGCUCCUUAUGUUCUCAUUGGCACCGGAACAUGCAUCAUCGUGUUCGGACUGUUUGGAUGCUUCGCUACCUGCCGCGGGAGCCCAUGGAUGCUCAAGCUGUAUGCCAUGUUCCUGUCCCUGAUCUUCCUGGCAGAGCUUGUGGCUGGCAUCUCCGGCUUUGUCUUUCGUCAUGAGAUAAAGGGAACCUUCCAGAGGACCUUCAGUGAGGCAGUGAAGAACUACAAUUCCCAGGACGAGAGGAGCCUGGCUGUGGACAAUGUGCAGCGCAGUUUGAAAUGCUGUGGUGUGUUGAACUACACCAGCUGGUUGUCCAGUAUCUGGUUCCCUAACAACGGCAUCCCACCCAGCUGCUGUGCCAGCAUCUCUGACUGUAACUCUUCUGACCUGCGAAAUGUCACCAUAGCCCCCAGCAAGGUCCACCAGCAGGGCUGUUAUGAGCUGGUGACUGACUUCAUUGAGACUAACAUGGGGAUCAUUGCUGGAGUGACAUUUGGAAUAGCUGUCUCACAAUCAAUUGGUAUGCUGUUGGCAUGCUGUCUGUCGCGGCUUAUCACUGCCAACCAAUAUGAGAUGGUGUAGCAGUGAGGUGCAGGGAGACCAGGAGGAGGAGAAAGUACACGUCACCUUGGAAACUGGGGAGGAACACACCCAAACGCUGGCACACUCCAUUCUUACUUUUCCACUCCUUAUCUUUCUUACUUUAUCGCUCUCUUUCAUCUCUUUGAACACAUUCCUUAAUAUGCCAUCAUGCCAUGAUUAAAAAUGUUACCUUUCAAGACUAUGAAUGGUUGUCGAUUAGCACCUGCCUCAGCCAUAUGCUCCGAUCCAGGCAUGCCAUGCCUAAUUGAAAUAGUACCAAUCUUCACUUACACAAGUUGACAAUAUUCCUAAGAAAUUGCCUUGAUGCAACAUAGCUCCUCGUUCGACGGCUAUCUUCCCCAGUCUAAAUUUCCUGGAAAUAAUUUGAGAGAUGCCAUCAGAAUUUCCAAUAUGAGGUCUUUGAAAGAAACUUGAGCCCACUCAGAAGGGACUGAGUUUCUCUAACUGACACACACACACUCUCUCUCACACACACGCACACAGCAUCUGCUUUUUGCUGCUACAUGGACAACAGUAAACCUACAUCCUGCUUCUAAUGAUUAUCACUCUAAAUGACCUUGUACAAGUUGCUCUCUGUGGAUGUGUAUUUAUGAUGCGUUUAGAUCCUCUGUAUUCAGUUGAGUCCUGUACUUGGUGAUCUCUGCCACUCCCUCCCCUGUGCCUUCUGUCAUCAGUUAGUUAGUCAUAAUGUUGUUUUGUUGUUGUAAUAUUUUAUUUCAUUUUAAAAGUCUUAACUAGUCAUGCGUGUUUCUAUAACAGUAGUCUGAGAGAUAGCCAUUUUUCUGGUUUAAACCCCAGUUUUGGUGUUCAAAUGUUUUUACACGUUCACCUUCUGCUUGAGAUCCCACUCUAUUUUACUAUCCUUGUCCGUUCUCCAGCACAUCCAGUUCUCUCUCUCUCUCUCCACCGCCACACCCCAGUACAUUCGGUUCCAACUCCCUUCCCCCUGACGAGAGAGAGAGAACUGGAUGUGCUGGAGAAUGGACAAGGAUAGUAAAAUAGAGUGGGAUCGCUGCACAAACUAGAGUUUCACUGAGUCAGCACUGCUUUCUGAUGAUGAGAGAAGACUAUUCUACUUCUGGUCUUUUGUUGUUGCUGUUUGCUUCUCACUAUAUGGGAUUGGUAGACAGAGAGAGAGCCCACUGGGCACACACUGGUUGAAUCAACGUUGUUUCCACAUCAUUUCAAUGAAAUGAUGUGGAAUAGACGAUGAAUUGAUGUCUGUGUCCAGUGAAAGAAAGAGAGAGCGAGAGAGAUAGAGAGAGUCAUUCUCAGUGGUAGGACUUGAGGUGUUCGAGCUCGAUUCGGUCUGUCAUUGCUCUGGCUUGGAACAAUCAAAUGAAAUACCACUUUCUGAAGAUUUGCCACUUUUGUGUAUUACUUAAAUGGAGAAUCAGUAAUAUGACAGCAACCUCUUAGGUGGUAAUGACUGUAGGAAUACUAAGCUUUAGUGGGGGCCUGGGGGUAGAAUGGAGUGGGGCAGACCACCGAGGUCACUGACACUGUUACUGGUUUAAUUCAACUGUCAUGUGAGUACAGCAAGCUGGUUCCAAGAUUCUAUUUCUGUAAUUACUAGGAUUAUUUUAGUUUUUUUGUUUUGGGGUUUUGACGCAUUCUGAAGUUGCUCUGUGUUUUCAGUGGAUCAGUAUAAAACCAAUGUACAUGAUCAAUUAAUCUCUCAAUCCAAAAUUGGACAGAUGAAAUAAGACUUUGUAUAAAAAAAAGAAAGCGUUUUAAAAUGCAUCACCAGCUAGCAUGCCAACAAAUGUAUGUUGAUAUUGUGAACAAUUGUGAUCUUGAAUCUAUUAAUAAAAUGUUCAUUACAUCGUU